AUGCCGAAAAGGAGACGGAGUGACGAUGAUGUUGGCAAGCAACCAACGCCUACGAAACGAAGUCGCACUGGGUCCAAGCGAAGUCUGCUGGACAUCAGCGACGAGAUCCUCCUACGGAUCCUGUCAUUUCUCCCCAUCAAAGACUUACUGAAGGCGGAGUGUGUCUCGCGCCGACUUCAUUCUCUCGCUACCGACCGCGGAAUCUGGAAGGUGAAAUAUAUGCAAGCAUGGGUGCGACCGCGCAUGCGACGUAUACCUUCUGCCGGCAUAGGGCGACAAGAUCACUCAGUUGAUUGGAAAAGCCAGUUCAGAAUCAAAUCAAAUUGGUCAAAGGGCCAGGCCAAAGUAAAGGAAGUCGAGGUCGCUCGUCCGCCCACACCGCCUGUGAUUGCGAAAGUCCACCGAGGCAUGAUAUUCACGGUGGAUCCAGCAACUGGCUUGCGGGUCUGGUCGCAGAGAGACGUGACGAAGACAUCGAGAGCGCAGAUUCGGCUUCGUGCGACGUCGGCAGCCACCUGCAUGGCCGUGGAAACGAUCGACGAUACAACUUAUAUUUUGCUUGGGUUUGAUAAUGGGUCCCUUGCGAUUUACCUCUACGAUCGGAGGGGUCACUUCGAGCAUCGGUUAAGCCACCAGUCAGCCGACGGGCCUCUAACGGCGAUUUCUUCAGCCUUCCCCUACGUGGCGACGGUUUCCAGAACAAAAUACCUCAGUCUGUAUCAGUGGGACUCGAAGGUAACUGGAGCUGGUGACGCCACCAAUAUACUGACCAUUGCUCGACUGCAGUCCGAUGCGUCCUUUGCGCCUAUUUCGGUAGGUGUGAGACGCGCACCAACCCACGUCAUUGCGACCAUCGCCUAUGCGUUUAGCAGGUUUCAAUCCGGGUGGUGUGUUGGGUUACAGGAGAUCCGCUUGACCACGACCGGCAGACUUGUGGACAGCAGACUGGCCUCAACCGUUGGGCCUCCCUACACAGGUUGGAGCAAAGGAGACAUGACCACUCGAUCGACAAGCUCCCUGCCGUUACCUCUGCACCCUCAAUUGAUGAACCCGCCCACAUCUCUUUCCUAUCAACAUCCGUUCCUGAUUGGGACGUUGGCAGAUAACACCAUCAUGUCGUUCCUGGUGACUUCCAACGACCAACGACUAGAAAUUAGCGCCGGAAGACGUCUCUGGGGUCACACGUCAGCAGUUUCAGGCGCGGAAGUCAACAACCGGGGCAAAGCAGUGUCGAUCAGCUGUCACGGAGAUGAAAUGCGAGUUUGGGAACUGGAGCCUGUGAUGGCGACUGAAAGCCAGCCUCGGGCCAGCACACGGGUUACAGCAGUCGACGCAUUUUCUGGUGGCAUCGGGCUGUUGGCUCGACGAGGUCCUGGUCUGGGCCUGGCCUUGGGCGAGAUGAGCCGCGAACUAGAGCUCACUCGACGGUGGGUUGGUUUCGAUGAUGAGCAGGUGGUGGUGCUGGGCGAACGAAAUCAACGACAGAUCAUGGCAUUGUACGAUUUUACGUAG